AGUUAGCCUCAGUUAGCCUAGCUUAGCUUCAGCUGGAGCCUGGUGUUUUGCCGCACGGGCAGAAGCGCGUGUGUGGCCGCCUCGCGUUGCAUAAAAGCUCCGCUGUAGUUCAGCACGCGCAACCUUCACAGUACAGAAUGGAGCAGUACGGGAUUAUUAGGGGGGUCUUGUGUGCCCAUGCACGCGCACACACACGCGCUCAUCUGGUGAAUACCCCAGGAUGAGAAGGGGAUGCCCCCUUCCCUUCCUCCUCUCCUCCCCUCCUCCUCUCCUACUCCAAACACACCACGUGGUUUCCUCUUUGCAAACAAAAAAACGUGAAUUGGAGUCGGUGGAGGGGCGACGUCACCCCCCCCCCCCCCAGCCCCUCUACCGGGAGAGAGAGAGAGAGGAAAACAGUUUUUUUCCCCGACCUGAUCCCGCCAUAGUUUUCUCCCACUCCUCCUCCACCUCCUCCUCCACCAGAGCCCAUCACCAAACCCAGCCAGCCCUCCUCCUCCUCCUCCUCCUCCUCCUGCUCUCUGAGCGCUAGAUAGAGGCUGCUAUAGGCUGCUGCUGCUGCUGCUGUAUCCGUGUGCCGGGGCCGGCUGACUCCUCUCCUGCUCCACUUCUUCUUCUACUGGAUCUAAAUUGUCUUUCUACACUUUGACACAGUUUUUGUAUUUGAGAGAAUUCGCAGGUGAUUUACUGUGCUGUUGCUGAGCUCCCUGCUGUCCUCCAGAGCGCCGCUGAUACUCCACUACAUCUCCUAUCUUGUUGCGCUAUUAGCACAUUGAGGACAGAAACUUUUUGCUGGCUCCAGGUUGACUUAUUCCGGGCUUUGUUUUUUUUGGGGACUUUUGGAAGAACAGUUUCCACCAUGCACAAGCUGUACAUUGGGAAUCUAGGCGACAGCGUGACUGCCGAGGACUUAGGGAAAACCUUUGACGAGCACAAGAUCCCGUACUCCGGACAGUUCCUCAUGAAGACCGGCUACGCGUUUGUGGAUUGUCCGGACGACCAGUGGGCCAUGAAGGCUAUCGAGACGUUCUCUGGUAAAGUGGAACUUCAGGGGAAGCGUAUGGAGGUGGAGCACUCCGUCCCUAAGAAGCAGAGGACCAGGAAACUGCAGAUCAGAAACAUUCCACCUCACCUGCAGUGGGAGGUGCUGGAUGGUCUGCUGGCUCAGUGUGGAACCGUAGAGAACUGUGAACAAGUGAACACAGACAGUGAGACUGCAGUGGUUAAUGUCACGUAUGCAUCCCGGGAACAUGCCAGGCAAGCCAUCCAGAAGCUGAAUGGAUACCAGUUUGAGAACAACGCCCUGCGCGUCUCCUACAUCCCCGACGAGAACUCUGAGCUGGAGGGAGGCCAUCGGGGGCCCGACAACGGCCGGCGCGGCUACGGGUCCCGAGGCGGGCCUCGCGGCGGGUCCCCGAGCUCCGGGAUGCCCUCCAAACCUCCGCACGCCGACAUCCCUCUGAGGCUGCUGGUGCCCACGCAGUACGUCGGAGCCAUCAUCGGCAAGGAGGGAGCCACCAUCCGCAACAUCACCAAACAGACGCAGAGCAAGAUUGACGUGCACCGCAAAGAGAACGCCGGCGCUGCCGAGAAACCCAUCAGCAUCCACUCGACCCCCGAGGGCUGCUCGGCCGCCUGCCGCAUGAUCCUGGACAUCAUGCAGCAGGAGGCUAAAGACACAAAGACUGCUGAUGAGGUUCCUCUCAAGAUUCUGGCUCACAACAACUUUGUGGGACGCCUGAUCGGGAAGGAGGGACGCAACCUGAAAAAAGUUGAACAGGACACAGACACCAAGAUCACCAUCUCCCCUCUUCAGGACCUGACUCUGUACAAUCCAGAGAGAACCAUCACAGUCAAAGGCUGCAUUGAAGCAUGCUGUAACGCCGAGGUGGAGGUCAUGAAGAAGGUCAGAGAGGCCUACGAGAACGACAUCGCCGCUAUGAAUCAACAGACCCACCUGAUCCCUGGGCUCAACCUGGGGGCUCUGGGCCUCUUCCCCUCCUCCUCCAAUAUGCCCCCACCCCCACCAGGAAACGCGUCCGGUAGCGCCCCCUACGGCUGCUUCGGGACUCCAGAGCAGGAGACGGUCCAUGUUUACAUCCCAGCUCAGGCAGUGGGAGCCAUCAUAGGGAAGAAAGGACAGCACAUCAAACAGCUGAGCCGCUUCGCUGGCGCCUCCAUCAAGAUCGCCCCAGCUGAAGGUCCAGACUCUAAGAUGAGGAUGGUGGUUGUGACAGGACCCCCCGAGGCUCAGUUCAAGGCCCAGGGCAGAAUCUAUGGCAAACUGAAGGAGGAGAACUUCUUUGGACCGAAGGAGGAGGUCAAACUGGAGACUCACAUCAAGAUGGCCGCCGCUGCUGCAGGAAGGGUCAUUGGCAAGGGAGGCAAGACGGUGAAUGAGCUGCAGAACCUGACAGCAGCUGAGGUGGUGGUCCCCAGGGAGCAGACACCUGAUGAAAAUGAUCAGGUCAUUGUCAAGAUCAACGGACAUUUCUACGCCAGCCAGUUGGCUCAGAGGAAGAUCCGGGACAUCCUGACCCAGGUCAAACAACCACAGAAAGGCGGGAUGGGCACGAGCACGGGUACGGGUACGGGCACGGGCACGGGCUCGGGCUCGGGCUCGGGCUCGGGCUCGGGCUCGGGCUCGGGCACGGGCACGGGCACGGGUACGGGCUCCGGCUCCGGCGCUAACCCCCAAGGCUUCACAGAGAUGGGCAGCCCGACGCAGGGACUGACUCAGGACCACCAGCCGCGCAGGAAGUGAGGGUCCUGCACCCUCCUCACAUGCUGUGGGCCCCCCCCCCCCCCCCCCCCCCCGCCUGACGGACUGACAGACAGACACACGCACGGACGGAUAGACAGACGGAUAGACGGACGGAUACAGGAGAGCGAUACACGGACCCAGCGAUAGACAGGGAGAGAUAUAAAGAGGGAGGGAGUACGCCCGACAGCCAGAGAGAAAGAUCGGCGUUCAGAGAGAAGAGGAAUCAAAUCAAAAAGAUGAAAUGAAUAAAAAAAGAGGAUUAAGAUAAAACAAAACUUGAGAACAGAAACCAGAUGCCAGGCCAGAAGAGAGACUGAUUGAGGAUGGAGGGAUGAAGGAAAGGAGGGGUGGAUGAAGGGGGAGGGGUGUCCUCCUAGUGUGCCUGGGUAGGGCUUCAACAGAUCCUGGAUCAGACAGGUUUAAACAGUCCAUGACUCUCCUGGUAGGAUGGAGCCUUCCUGCUGCUGUUUACACCUGUCCACAUGGGUCCACAUGUACUGCAGAGACACACUAGCAGGGGCCCGUCUGUCCCUCCAUCGUCCCCUACAGACCUCUCCCCCCAUCUGCACUCAGUCCUAUAUUUUAAGGGUGGUUUUUUAAACAUAGAGAUAUAUGUAUAGAAAUGUUUUAUUCAGAGCUAUUAUUGAUAGAAUGCAGUGAGGCAGAGCCGGGAGAGGGAGCAGGGAAACUGCUGCAGCGGCACAGGGGGCAAAGGUCAAGGGUCUGGCAUUAGCCCCACCCAGCCAUAACCCCCUAGCCAAUGAAAGUGUAGAAGAGGGGCCGCAGAUGUUAACACUGCUCUUUAAAGACCUCUCCGAAUAGUGGAGAGUUUAGAAGAAAAAAAAAGGAGAAAAUAUGAGGUUGUAAAUAUAUAAUCUUCAUGUAAAUGUUAAGAAAUGCUGCGUCUGGCCGCCUUGCCUUUUUUAUAAAGGGGUCUUCUGUAUAUCUCCCAGUCCCUCGUCGUAGCAUAAUGUAGCCUACAAGGAGGCCGGGGGCUGGGGAGGCACCGAGCCCCUUCCACGUUUAACCGUGUGGCGGAAGGCGCAGCAAGAGACAGUAAGGGCAGCGGAGGUCGCGGCUGGUCCUGCAGUUCUAUUGCAGCGGCUCAGCUCACUCAUGUGAAACCGUUCUAAAACAACUUCAUAAAAACAGCCGGCAGCUAUGCUAGCUGGCUAGCGGCCCGCGCCUUAAACGGCAUAUUUUAUAUAUAUUAUAUAUAUAUGAUAUGUGAGUUAGCCCGGCCCCUCCGGUGAAUGUAUUGAAGGCAGCGAGACAGGUGUGAGGUUUUGCUUCAUCGGUGUGAUGAUAAGUUCUGCAAUGACAGACAGACGAGGUGUGUCUGAGAUGUUCUGCUCAUUGUCUUCUCCCAGCGCUGAGUCUGAGACAGGGAGGGGGUCUCUCCUCUGAGGAGCAUCCCCGCAUUAACAUGACCUCCAGAAGAACAUUUAAGACUGGUCUCUGGUGCUUGUAUUAAUAUAAGAGAAGGUUUAAGACUAGUCUCUGGUGCUUGUAUUAAUAUAAGAGAAGGUUUAAGACUAGUCUCUGGUGCUUGUAUUAAUAUAAGAGGUUUAAGACUGGUCUCUGGUGCUUGUAUUAAUAUAAGAGAAGGUUUAAGACUAGUCUCUGGUGCUUGUAUUAAUAUAAGAGAAGGUUUAAGACUGGUCUCUGGUGCUUGUAUUAAUAUAAGAGAAGGUUUAAGACUGGUCUCUGGUGCUUGUAUUAAUAUAAGAGAAGGUUUAAGACUAGUCUCUGGUGCUUGUAUUAAUAUAAGAGGUUUAAGACUGGUCUCUGGUGCUUGUAUUAAUAUAAGAGAAGGUUUAAGACUAGUCUCUGGUGCUUGUAUUAAUAUAAGAGAAGGUUUAAGACUAGUCUCUGGUGCUUGUAUUAAUAUAAGAGAAGGUUUAAGACUAGUCUCAGCUGAGCGUGGGAACCAAAGCCCAGUCUUCCAAAGCUCCUCGCCUUGAGCUUAGAGAAGGUAAAAUCAGACAGAAGGGGGGCGGCUUCCUCGUUCUCUCUCCCAAUCUGCCAAAGGCCUGUGGGCGGAGCCUCCAGACCCCGCCUGCGUAUGAUAAUGAGGGGCGGGGUCUAUGCCUGGACGCUCUCGCCAAGAUUAGAACAGAUUAGAGAAGAAAUGAAAAAGAAAAAACCUACCUCAGGGUAAAGUUACCUCAGUAUUCCUAACUUUUUUUUUUUUUUUUUGCUUGCUGGUGUUUUAUAUGAGAAGGAAAAAAAAGAAAGAGCUGAUAGUCCUGAAUAUUUUUUAUUUUUUUAAAGAAAGAAGUAUUUUUUUUUAGGUAUUGUCUUGUUGCUUUGGUUAUUUUUUUCUGUUUUUUUGUGUGUGUGAGUGAUGAUGGUUGAAUGAGCUCAGGAUGACGAGGUGGCUGCGUGUUUUUUCAAAGCAGGGAGGGAUAAACUGCUGCUCUACGGAGGACACGGAGUGACAUUUUGCCUUUUUUUAGGUGAGGAAACAUGCUCUCUGUCUUCCUGAAGUGUGACUGUCUGAAAUAUUGGCCAAUGGGGAGCGGUGUUAACUCGAGAGGCGGGUCCUAAAGUGCACACGGUGGCCGAACACGCCAUUGGGACAUCAGAGUGGGUGACGCUAAUGAUUGUCCCUCAGGUCGCAUCAUGUCACCGAGACUGGCCGUUCCCGUGGCUACCGACCCACCCUGUGCCCUGAAGGACCUCCCUCUCCUGCCUUAUUGUGAUGACAUCAUCACGAAGCGCCAAACAUUACAUAAAGAGGGCUUUAAGUGUUCAAGAGGUUAAGAUUGCCACCCACAAAGAAGACAUGAGAGAGAGAGGCUAAUUUCUUUACCUUUCUCACCUGGUUUGGAAGUUGUCAGAUCAGAGCAGCAGUGGUCCGUCUACAGCAAGGCUGCACACACACACACACACACACACCUGAACUAGCUCUGACUUCUCUGAAUGUGAAUAUUUAUUAUCUGUGCACUGACCACGACACCUCAGAUGCUCCCUGUUGGCUACAUGUGUGCUUGGUGUGUGUGAAAGCGAAUGCUGUUGUGUGUUCACUGGUUUUAAAUGUUCAUUUCUGUCAGGGGAUGUGGUUGGGUGAAAAAAAAGCAGAAAAAAGUAGGACGAGAACCUAUGGCCCUCCGUCUGUGUUCCAACCGACCGAGGAGAGAGAGAUCCAAGAACCUUUGAAACAAAAUGGGAGCAGAAAAAAGCAAAGCGAGAGAGUUUAAGACGACAUGAACACAGCCGAGUAAUAGAUUCCGACCUGUACAUAAGAUGUUAAAAUAAGGUGAUCACCAUACCUUUUUGUAUUUUUGGAGAAAAAAGCAUAAAAUGGGAAAAGCCGUUGAGAGAGAAAAGAUUGCGCCACGUCACCGAAGGACACUGCCAGAUAACUCCUAAUCUUUAUAUAAGGUCUUCAAUCUUCAUCGGCCCCCCCGCCGGCUCACCAUCCAACAGGGAAAAGUCUAUUCUACCGUGUCUAUGCUUCCAUUUUUGUCCAGAGGUGGUAACUUCAAAAUUCCCACCUCUUUCUGAACCAUAGAGCUCUGUUCACAACCACCAAGACACGCUAUUUAGGAUUCAUCAUUCAGCCUGCAGCCAUUUGGGAUCGCUUAGGAUUAAUUUAUUUUCUUUGUUUUAUUUUAGUGUUGACAAUACAGCAAGCUUUAUUUGGACGUGACAUCUGGGGACGUACUGUUGCACUAAUUGAUGAAAUAUGUCGACAACGUCAAACUAUAUGAAAAGGACCGAGAAGCUCCCGUAACACCUGAUUCACUUCUUUAAAGAAACAGGUGGAGAGUGAAGGGAAGAGGAGAAGGAAGGAUGGGAGGAGGUGGUCAGAUGUCUGGGAUGAGGUGUCCAACCCCCCAUCAACAACUGACCUCUCCUUUCUUAUUGUUCCCCCUCUGUUGCCCUUCUGUACUCCAGGAGAAGAGUGAGAUGUUUUGAUUUACUUUUAUUCAAAAAACAAAAAAAGUCAUUUCAUUUUUGGAGCGGGCCGGAGCGUCGGGGUCCCUCGCCCUCUCUCGCGCUGGUCUCCAUCGUGUUCGUUUUGCUCACUUCUGUUCAAGACCUUUUUUUUUUUUACUUUAACCACCUUUUUUCUUUUUAUGGAAAAAAAUGAAAAUAGUUGAAAUUGAUCACGUUCUUUUAUUUUUUUUUAUUCACAAAUCUAACAGAACAGCUACUAAACGCGACAAACUACUAACACGUAGCUCAGUACACGACGGUAACUGUGCCAAACACAGCGAGGGGCUCAGUCCACAAUGCAGUAUGGAGCCAUUUUGAGCAAAUCACCUGAAAUAUUGAAAAGGUCUUAAAACACCUGGAGUAGUAUUUCAGAGUGAAGACAUCACAUCAAAGUGUGAUAUCUGGUCUUGGAACUGACCUCUUUUCAUCUUGAUUUUCUAUGUACAGUAGAGACAGUAGAGACGAGACAUUUUAGGGUUGUUGUGUCUCCACCACACCGUGCUACCUACCGCUCCGGCUCACACUAACCUCAGCCUGUCCUGACUGGGACAGAAGGAUUAUUCGGUUUCCUCUGGUUGAGUUGAGUGAUAUAUUGAGCUGGGACAGUGUGAGGUGCCACACAGUGUAAAAAAAAUCACUAGAGUUGCCACACACUAAAAUUUAAGCAUCAAACUUACUUGAUUUUGUUGUAUCAAGCUUAUUCCAAGACUGUUUUAAGGACCACCAGUGCAUGUUUUAUCCCAUUUACUAUACAUACGCUAUGUAACAUUACUGUUGACCAUUUACUAAAAUAUAUAUAUAUGUCAAAACAUACUCAUUUCACUAUAAUAUGUCCGGACCUGCUGGAGUUGGAUGAUGCUUCACAGUGAACAUGGCCGGAUCCCCCUGUUAGGGGGCCCCAGGCAUAAAAGUGCUGUUAGGACUCCCGCAGGGCACCCCCUCUCCAAAAACCUGUCUUUAGGCCCAGACACACCAAGCAGACAUCACAGAACUAGCGGCGAUGAAGGCCGACUGUUGAGUCGCCUCACUUCUCCUUUGUUUUGGUUGACAAGUUGCAUUUGAACGCACCGCAGAGACUACAGCCGACGGCCAGUUAGCAUGUACGUUCUAUGAAAUAACUCUCCUCACCAGCAGGUGGUGGUAGUCUGUAUUCAUCAUUCUAAAAGAGAAGCAGGAAGAGCGAGGACGGCAGCUAUACAAGCCGUUGUUAUGAUACGUACAUGAACCAUUUUCACACCACUCUCAUUCACCACUGAGCUUCAUUCCAGAUGUUCAUGUCUCUGUGGAAACAUCUGUGUGUUGGAAUGAUCAGAUGGGAUGAACAAUGAGAAGAGUCUUCUGUGUGACUUUACUCGUUGGCUUGCUUUCCUCGCUUCCGUUUCUCUUCUGAUGCUUUAAGCUGAACAGCCAAUCAGAUUGAUUUCUCUGACCGACAGGCGCCGCAGCUGAUUCAACCUGCUGAAUCGGACGGAAAUCCUCCAACACGGGCAGACUAGAGUCGACGGUGAGGGACACACCACAAAAACUAGACAGACGCUCACCGACGGGCUCAAACUGUCCGCCGGCUGACUGUCGGCUUGGUGUGUCAGGACCUUUAGUUGAUCUUAUACUUCAGUGUAGAUUAUGUAACAAAUUCACAAUUAAAGGUACCACGUGGAGCUUUCAUAAAAAACAAGAAGAGUUCUGUUCUAACGAAAACGUUCCUAAUUCAAGAAACUUCAAACCUGUGAUACUUUUUUUGGUCUCUAGCUGUAAACACAACACUGACAUAUCAGCUUUUCAUAUCGUAAAGGUGUUAGCAAUCAGAGCAACAUUAGCAUUCAUUUGUGUGUCCGUCCACCUGACAAAUCUCAUGUAUUCUCCUUCUAUCUCUGGUUUUGAUCUUCACUAAACAUGCAGUGGUGUACGCUAGGCUUUUAGAGCUUUUUACUGGGAACAGCUGCCUCCUGUUGCUGAAAGGGAUGUUAAGAGCCGUGGGCCGGAACGCCAAAACAAUGAGCUGAAAGAUGCUAAAAUGCUCCGUAGAGUUGUGGGGAAUAUUCCUUUGUGGGCUCACCUCAUGGGUGACUCCUCUCACAUUACGAGCAGAUUAAAACAUCUGCAGCCUGACUGACAUAGUGUGAAAUAAGCCCCUAAAUGUUUGGGGAAUGGUCAGCACUAAUGUAAAUGAUAUCCUGUAAAUGGACUAAAAACUCACUGGUGUCCUUUUACUUAAAAGACAUGAAGCUUGGAAGUUCAGAGUUGUGUGUAAACUGUGUCGCCCAGCUUCUUGUUUGUGGCAGCGGAGCACAGUUUUGCUUUGUCAACCUCACAACACGUAGCUCAGCCAUGACACACGGUGAAGAACAGACAGACAAGCUCUUUUGCGAGGACAGUUUGCGAUGAAGCAACGCAAACUCCUCCUCUACUUUGGUACGUCCCUGAGUAGAGACGGGCGCCGAGUCUCGACGACUCUGAGACAAAACGGAGAGGAAGACGCCAUCGAGACGAAACAAACAAACCUCUUGACACAUAACUAGGAACGCUACCUCAAAAACAAGCAAACUCAGCUAGAAGAUUGUUUCUUUUCUUUUAUUACAAACAGUCAGUGGGACAGACAUGCAGACGGUCUCUGUUACAGUCACACUUCACUCUUCUUUAAUUUAUUUUUUGGUUUUUGAAAUUGUCCCUCUCCAGCGUGGAGGCGGGACUGUAAAAAUAAAUGAGUAAAUAAGACAAAAAAACGACAAAAAAACCCAAUAUGGACACAUUGUGGGGGGGGUGGUGUGGGCAGCGGGGACGGGUUCAACAUUCAGUGACCUGAUUGGUCCACGUUGGGCCCAAUCGUAACGAGGCCAACAGUUUGUUUCAUCCUCCGACCGCUAAAAUUACCCACAAUCCUCCUUCAGCUUGGCCCUACUGCCCCCCCUCCCCCCCACCCUCCUUUCCCUGUGAUUUCACCUCCUGAAUCAAGGGGCACGACACCUGUAACCAUGUAAUUGUUUUGUUGAUCUACCUCUUGGGAAAAAAUAGGUAAAUGGUAAUUUUUUGUUUUGGAAAAAGGACACAUAAAAAAAAAUAUAUAAAAAAAAGUUGCUCGAAAUAAAUAAAUCUAGGUAAAUGAAUAACUGGGUAGCGGCAUCUCCAUAUACUGUAGUGGGUAGUCUAUUAAAGGAAAAAAUACUUUUACUUCUUCCAAAGAUGAUUUUCUUUUUUUUCUCCAUUCUUAGUUGUUUUUCUUUUUUUCAGGAUUAUGAAAUGGGAUAAUAAUCUGAAAGGGGGAGACAAAAACGUUCUUCUUUAAAAAAAAAAAACAUACAUAAAUGAGAUUUCUUUUUACCCAAUUUGCAUUUUGUUCAUUACGUUAAACUUACACUUUUUAACUUCAAAAUAUUCUUCUUGUUUUCUUUUGGUUGACUCUCUUUUUAUGACAGCAGAUUGUAUCUCUUGUGUUUGGGUGCAUUUAUUUUCUUUCUCUCUGUGAAAAGCCGACAUGAGUUAGAGCGCCCUGCGAGGACCUUCCACACUGAUCCAUGAUCUGUUUUCACUUCUGAUAAGUAAAAGGACCUGUUGUUUAGCUGACUGUGUAGCUGCAGGUGGAAGGAGGGAGGCCUCGUAUCAACUAGACUGAUCAGAUCUGGGCUCAGCCCCAAAACUGAUAAUAAUGAAGACCUCCACGCAGCGUGAGGAGGGUGGAGUCUUCCUCCUUCCACCAGAUGGCGCCGCUGGUCUUUACAGUAUAUGGACUUUCACCCUCUGCCUGCCUGAUUCCUUUAGUCCUCAUCAACACUUGUUUUAAACUCCUUGUAAACAAAACAGAGCAUAGAUAUGAAUGUGUUAUUAAAAGAAGAGAAAACGGAG